AUGCAGGACUUUUGGGACGACAUCAAUGCCAGCUGGAGCGGUGCACUCAACCCCGCCAGCCGCGUCCUUUUCUUAAACUCGGACAAGCCGAUGCGGCAGGGCGUUUCUCUCGCUGAGAUUUACGCCCGCGUUGUCGAAUCUUGGCUCGUCGGCCUCCCCGGCCCCACACGAGACUACGCGCGCGCCCGCAUUCUGGCUUUGCACGACUCAAACAGUGUCAUCCGUGGUGUGCGUUAUGCUGUUGCGGCGGCGUACAUCUUCCUGUUCGCGAGCGACCCUCACGCCGAUCCUAAGGCCGACACGCAGCCCAAGCCCAAGCUAGUUGAGCUCGCCUGUCGCGGCGCGGGGAUAGUGGAUGGCACACGGCCUGACGCGGAUGGGCUACCUGGCGCGGGGGCCGUGAAGAAGCUGCGCUUUUACGUGGACCACGUGUCGACUCCGUUCGCUGGCGACAUUGAGAGCACAAAAUGGACCGAAGACGCGGUCGCCGAGCUGCGUCAAGUGGUUGUGACAGACAGGCAGCAGCUCAGCGAUCUCCUGUGGGGGGUGAUUGACCUGCAGCUCGUCGAGUUUAUCCGCGGCGGCGCCGCGCCUUCGUAUAACAUGCUUGCGCUUGGCGACCGGCUUGUGCGCACUGUCUUCGGGUGCGACCACCCACCCAUCACACUCAGCGACUUGCGCUCUAGCGAGACUUUUAGUCUGCGACUGUAUGGGCUGAGCGACGUGAGCCGGUGCAUUGUCCAACGUGGACGCCGGACGAUUUUUCGCUUCAACACCGCCGACGAGGCGGCUGCACUCCCACUUACACGCGAGGACGAGACGUGGUCGACCUAUCUCGGUCUGCCGGACGCCAUCGUGAUCCUUCUCGCAGAGAUUGCGAACCUGUGCGCAGACAGCCCCUCACUCCCUCCAGAGCGGGUCAAGGAGCGUGCAGCCGAGCUCGAGGCCGCCCUGCGAGGGUGGACACCCGUCCCGUCCCCGGGCGUAGACGCAAGCGCUCUGAUAUCGCGCACCAUUGCCGGAGAGCUCUGGCGUUUCUCUGCCCUCGUUCUUCUCUACCAGAGCGUGCAUCGUGUAGGACCGCUACACCCUGUCCUCCGUCGCGCGCGCACCGAGAUCCUCACGUUGCUCGGCAGCGUCACCCAGUUGCCCAAUGGCGAUCUUUGGGGCUUCAUCGCCCUGCCUUCGUUCCUGGCCGCUACGCUCAGUGUUGACGAAGCUGACCGUGAGCGCUCCAUGACUUUCCUUGUGCGCGCUGGGCCUGAGCGUGUGUGGCUCGAUAAUAUUGCUCUUGUUGAGAAGGUGUGGGAGGAGAUGGAUGAGACAGGCCGGGCGGUCGACUGGCACGACAAAAUGGUCCGUGAGGGGCUGUCAGUUGCAUUCUUUUAG